AUGUUGAAAUUUUCAUCAGGAAAGUUUGUUGCGGCAUACCUAGACAAAGAAUUUACAACGUUGAUGUUGUAUUGCAAUGCUGAUAUAUUCAAUUGUCUGGGUCAAGAUGCCUGUAUUGUACUCGAUGUUGCAUUAACGUGUAGUGGUUGCGAAGCAAUACUUGAAGGUUUCUACAGUGUCAUCAAAGUGCACGCAAAGUCUCGUGGCCAGUCAAAUAAAGUCCUGAAGGAAAGAGCUGUUGUGGAUUGGGCUCUACCACAUCUGCUUGCUUGCCCUUCAACUAUUACAAAAAUUGGAAAACUAUAUACAAGUGGUAACCAGAAGCUCGGAAUUCUAAAGCACCAAUCAGCAGCAUUUUUCAAUGUUCGAGAGAGGGCAGCACGAAAAUAUAACGUGAGCAAAGUUGUUGACAGGCAUGCAACAGAGCCACCAAGAUGUCAAUUUCUUGUUGUUGAAGAUGACUAA